AUGCCACGUGCAAUGGACGAUCAUUUUGAUUUAAAAUUUUUAGCUAUUGGUGAUUCUGGUGUUGGUAAAACUUGCUUAUUAAAUCAAUAUAUUGAUGGUGAAUAUAUAAAAACAUUAGGAACAACUGUUGGUAUUGAUAUUCGUGAUAAAACAAUAUUUUAUAAAUCAAAUAAAACAAAUAAAUCCUAUAGUAUUAGUUUACAAUUAUGGGAUACAGCUGGUCAAGAACGAUAUCGAAGUUUGACAACAUCAUUUUUUCGUGAUGCUAUGGGUUUUUUAUUAGUAUUUGAUUUAACAAAUGAAACAUCAUUUCUUAAUGUACGUAAUUGGAUAAGUGAAAUACAAUCAAAUGCUUAUUCAGAAAAUGUUGAUAUGAUACUUAUUGGUAAUAAAUGUGAUUUAGAUACAGAACGUAUUAUAACAAAAGCACGUGCACUUGAAUUUGCUCGACAAACUCAAGUUGAAUAUAUUGAAACAAGUGCUUUACAAAAUGUAAAUGUUGCUGAAUCAGUUGAAUUAUUAUUGGAUUUAGUUAUGAAUCGUUUAGAAGAAAAUGAAAAUUUUUCAACAAAAAAAAAUAUACAUCUACCUAAAAGAACAUCCGAACAAAUUAAUUCAGGAUUAAUAGGAAAUAAUAUUAAAAAAAGAAAAGAUUUAUCUUUUUGUUGUAAUUAUUAA